CGGAAAAAUCCUGAACAUGAACCCAAACCCAACCUAAAACUCCACGGGCAGAAAAUUCCCAAACCCUCGCUGCCUGCCCCCUCCCCUCGGCCCUCCCUCCGGCGAGGCCGCCAUGCUCGUCGCCGCCCGCUCCCUCCGCCGCCUCUCCUCCUCCUCCUCAUUAUCCGUCCGGUCCCUCUGCCGCGUCCGCCUCCACCCUCCCCCACCCCCGCACUCGGCUCCGCCCCCUCUGCCGCCUCUCCGCGCUCUGACCCGCGCCCUCCUCCCGCACCUCGCUGCCGCCCACCGCUUCUCCACCGCUUCCUGCUCCACCUCCUCCCCCUUCCGGCUCGGAGAAUGCGGCGGCGCGCAGGGACCUCCCGCCAUCCCCGAGGAGGCGGAGGGGGACGAGGCUGAGGAGGAGGUGGGGGCGCUGGUGCGGCAUGACACGGACGCGUACGCGGCGGUGGAGCUGGCGCUGGACUCGGUGGUGAAGGUGUUUACGGUGUCCAGCAGCCCCAACUACUUCCUGCCAUGGCAGAACAAGGCGCAGCGGGAGAGCAUGGGCUCCGGAUUUGUAAUUCCUGGAAGAAGGAUCAUGACGAAUGCUCAUGUGGUAGCUGAUCAUACUUUUGUUCUCGUGAGGAAGCAUGGUUCUCCUACCAAGUACAAGGCUGAAGUCCAGGCUGUUGGUCACGAGUGUGACUUGGCUCUCUUAACUGUUGAGAGUGAGGAGUUUUGGGAUGGGAUGAACAGUUUGGAGCUUGGAGACAUUCCUUUUUUGCAAGAAGCCGUCGCGGUGGUUGGCUACCCUCAAGGUGGAGACAAUAUUUCUGUCACCAAGGGGGUUGUCUCUAGAGUUGAACCAACACAAUAUGCCCAUGGUGCCACUCAGCUCAUGGCUAUACAAAUAGAUGCAGCAAUCAAUCCAGGUAAUAGUGGAGGGCCUGCAAUUAUGGGUGACAAAGUAGCUGGAGUUGCUUUCCAGAAUUUGUCAGGGGCGGAAAACAUUGGUUAUAUCAUACCGGUGCCGGUAAUUAAGCGAUUCAUUUCUGGAGUGGAAGAGAGCGGUAAAUAUUCCGGGUUCUGUACUCUUGGAAUAUCUUGCCAGGCCAUGGAAAAUAUUCAAUUAAGAGAGUGCUUUGGGAUGCGGCCUGAAAUGACCGGAGUGUUAGUUAGUAGAAUAAAUCCUCUAUCUGAUGCUUACAGGAUUUUGAAGAAAGAUGAUAUCCUUCUUGAGUUCGAUGGUGUGCCUGUAGCAAAUGAUGGGACAGUCCCAUUCCGAAAUAGAGAGAGGAUCACCUUUGAUCAUCUGGUGUCCAUGAAGAAGCCUGAAGAAACAGCCAUUCUCAAAGUAUUAAGAGAUGGUAAAGAGCAAGAAUUAAGUGUCACACUUAGACCAUUGCAACCUUUAGUGCCGGUCCAUCAAUUCGAUAAACUACCCAGCUACUACAUAUUUGCUGGUUUUGUAUUUAUCCCACUUACUCAGCCUUAUCUCCAUGAAUUUGGAGAAGACUGGUACAAUGCCUCACCACGCAGAUUAUGUGAACGGGCACUAAGAGAGCUUCCGAAGAAGGCUGGUGAACAACUAGUUAUCCUAUCUCAGGUUCUCAUGGAUGAUAUCAAUGUCGGUUACGAAAGGCUUGCCGAAAUGCAGGUAAAGAAAGUGAAUGGUGUGGAGGUGGAAAACUUGAAGCACUUGUGCAGCCUCGUUGAAGGCUGCACCAAAGAAAACUUGAGGUUCGAUUUGGACGAUGAGAGGGUCAUUGUCCUCAAGUACCAGAACGCCAGGCUCGCUACGUCCCGGGUCCUCAAGCGGCACAGGAUACCGUCAGCCAUGUCGAGUGACCUUGUCGAAGAGCAGGCGACUAAUGGUGAGAUGGAGGCAUCAUGCACCAGCUAACGCGGGUCUUUUUGUGGACGUAUCCCUGCGGAGGCACAGAUCUGAGGAGAGUACACUUCAUUUCCGUGAGCCGGAUGCGUCUGCCCGAGGCCUGCCGGAAGUUGUAAAAUGGCUGCAGUCGCUCCUGCUUGGCCGUUUCAUGUUUGGCACGAGGGUCGUCAGCAAAUAAGAUCAAUGAGCGCCGGAGCUUUUCAGCCUGAUAUGUAACAAUUUCAUUCUUUCCCCCACUAUCAAUCACUCUUUUUCGUCACCGUAAGUAAGGGGCGUCGGCAUGGCGACCCCAGGAUGCAUUCAGAUCCAGUAUCAUCACAAAACAUAGCAUAGGGUUAAAUGAGUUGUAGCUCACCCGUUGCUUC